AAGAAUGAAAUUAAAAUUAACCCCACCUAUAAAAGCCCUCAUUCCGCACCCAAGGCCCUUUUACAUGUUGCGUUUCUGGAAAAUACUAUGCAGAUCUUUGUGAAAACCCUAACAGGCAAGACGAUUACUCUUGAGGUUGAGAGUUCCGACACAAUUGAUAAUGUCAAGUCCAAGAUCCAAGACAAGGAGGGCAUCCCACCGGACCAGCAGCGGCUUAUUUUCGCCGGAAAACAGUUGGAGGAUGGUAGAACCCUAGCCGACUACAACAUUCAAAAGGAGUCUACUCUGCACCUCGUCCUCCGUCUCCGUGGCGGUGGAACUUGGAGGAUUCCUUUCGUUGCUAAUCACUUGGUGAAAAAAAUUUCGCAGCUUAACCAAAAAGCGGAGAAGGAAUUGAUAAAAACUUGGUCCCGGGGUUCUACUAUUAUUCCUGAAAUGGUGGGCCAUCGGAUUGCUGUGUACAAUGGUAAGAAACACGUGCCUUUUCGUAUAUCGGAGCAGAUGGUUGGCCAUAAAUUGGGAGAACUUCGCCCUCGUCGUCAAGCAAGAAGAGAAAGAGAAGUUCAGCAGAAGAAGGGAACGAAGAAGAAAUGAGAGACAACAGGGAAACGUCAGGAAGUUUUUCUAGUUAUGAAGUUCAGGAUAAUUUCUCAUUAUGAACUAUUUCUAGUUAUGAAUAAAAUUGUGACAUUAAUGCAGUUGUGUCUUUUGCUAUUGGAUGUUCUCAAUUGGCAUUGAGAAUGAAAUCCUUGAGAUAACAUACCUUCCAGUUAGAAUGAACUUAAGUUUUUACCAUCUCACUGUUUAAAGCUUAGGUCUCUGCCCAUCUUACUUUUGUUGUAUCUUCGAAUGUAGAGAACACUGAUUAUGUUAGGAUUUUGUGUUGAAAUUAUUUUUGGCAUUCGUCUGUGAUUGGCAAUUUGUUCCAUUGAGCUAUUUCUGUUAUUUGUUGGGUUCAUUAAGUUCAUUCCUUCCAAUUUGCGUUGGAAGGUGUACUGAUUUUUUAUGGUUGUGGGAUUGUUAGAUUGUUCGUGAAUCCAGUCAAAUUGUUUGAAGAAAUUGCAGCAAGAGCAGUGGAAAUGGAAUAGCUUUUCUAUCUGAAAAAUUUCCUAUUCAGGCACCGGAAGUGAUUCAUCUCUGUCUAAAUAGGAGUUUUUAUCUUAUUUGACAUACUUCUAUUUUCUGAAUAAUUGUUAAUUCAAUUGAUACAAAUUUUUCA